UCGGCCUUGCCCUCAGUUAAAAUGGCAAUUUUAGUUGCUUCACUGAUACGGAAUCGGCGAGGCGCUAAGGAGGCUUCCUGCGUGGAGCCGCAGAGCGAGUCGGGAAACGAUUUUAAACUGAAGAGGCGGCGGAGGACCGAAUUGCCUUUUCACAACGGCGUGAUUUCAGAGCUGGGCUGGUCUCUGACAGGUUCAGCUGAAGAGGGACGGGUUGGGACGCACUGUCCUUUUGCCCUUCCCCCUUCGCCAGCAGAAGCUGACUCCGCAGGAGCGAGGGUCGCAGAGCUGGGUGAGCGGAAAUGUGCCUCCCAGAGUGAAGUCGCAGGGCCCGCCCCGCGUCUGAGGGAGUGGAGGUCUUCCUGGGUGCGUUUGUGUCUCUUGUGAACCCACUUGUGGUGGAGCGAGAGGGAAUUUGGGAGGGCCAAGGGUUAGUCUGGCCUCUCUCUUAGCUGUCAUUUUGGCGGGUUUUUUUUUUUUUCUUUCUUUCUUU